UCAUCAUCAUCAUCAUCAUCAUCAUUAGGAGGGUGCACGCUAAAACACUGCGUUGGCUUGAAAACCUCUCACGUCAGCCAGUCUUCAUCCGAUUGUUCCUUCAAAACCAAAGAUGGGUUACAGGACGGUGGUGAUGUACAUGGAGAUCGGCUGCUUUGUGGUGUGCGUCUCUGGAUGGAUCCUGGUGUGCUCCACCAUGCCCACGGAGAUCUGGACCUGGUCUGAGGUGGGCAGCCUCGUCCUGACCACCUCCAACUACUUCUCCAACUUGUGGAAGGACUGCAUCUCCGAUUCCACUGGCGUGUCCGACUGCAAGGGUAUCCCGUCCUUGCUUGCGCUCAACUGGGACAUCCACAUGUGCCGCGCCCUCAUCAUCACCGCCAUCAUCCUGGCGUUCUUCGGCUCUGUCCUGGUCAUGGUGGGAAUGAAGUGCACCAAGAUCGGAGGCUCGCAGUUGGCCAAAGCCAGAGUGACAUUUGCUGGGGGGAUGAAUUACCUCUUUGCCGGGUUGUGUUCUAUGACUGCUUUCUCCUAUUAUGGCAACAAAAUAAGAGCGGAAUUCCAGGACCCGAAUUACAGAGAACAAAAGUUUGAAAUCGGUGUUGGCGUGUUUAUCGGCUGGGGAGGCUCCACGUUACUGGUAGUCGGAGGGCUUCUUUACAGUAUCUUUGCGGGGAGGGAAGGCUGCCAAUCAAGUUACGAAGGAGACCCCGGCUACGUGUUCCCUGACCCCUACCUGGCCGUGCCCACGAAGAAGAAGGUAGCACUCACAGAUGGGACUGAGAGCAGGAAAGCACCGAGUAGUCGUACUAGUAAUGGUAAUCGUAGUAGUGCUAAUCGUGGUAGUAGUGGAGCCAGCAGCAGCAGCAGCAGCAGCGUCUCUGCAGUGACCAUCAGCACCAGAACAUCCGACGCAUACGUUUGAGCUCAUUUUAAAUAAGGACGCUAAUUAUUCCCAAGAGAUUUGCGGUUUCACUAGUUUAAUUGUUAUCGGUGAAACGAUGUUACAUUGGUUUAUUUAUUUGAACUACAUUACAAUGCUGCUGAUUAAGAAAGUCAGCGACCACUCAUGAAUUGGUCGCUAACUGAUUUCAGAGUACUUUUUCGAGUGUAACAUGUGAGCAUGUUUGUACAUGAUCAAAAAAAUGCAUUGCUGUCUUUUAAAGUGUUUAAGAAAUUCAUGAAAAUAUUUUACAUUUAUCGAACUGUAAUGUCACACAUAAAGGCCCUUCUUUUUGCUUAUAAAAUGCUAAAUAAAUUGUUUUGGAAACAUA